AUGCACGGCAUUACAGAGACAAUACUGGAAACCUUUGCCCAGCACUGGCUGUCAAUAGGUGCAUCGCUUAUUGUGGCCUGGCUGGUCAAGAACCACUACAACAAUGGACUCAACAAGUAUCCCGGGCCAUUCCUGGCCUCGUUGACGGAUUGGUGGCGCUUCUUUGACGUAAAGGGUCAGCGUCCAGAAGUAACACACAGGAAACUACACGAGAAGUACGGAGACGUUGUACGGCUGGGACCCAACACGCUAUCGUUCGCGGAUCCCGCCGCCCUCAAGACCAUCUACGGGUUGAACAAGGGUUUUGUCAAGUCCGACUUUUACGUUGUCCAGCAGUCCGUGGUCAAGGGCCACAGCCUGCAGUCGUUGUUCAGCACAACAGACAACAACUUCCACUCGCAGUUCCGCCGCUGCGUCAACUCGGCCUUUUCCAUGUCGGCGUUGGUCCAGUAUGAGCCGUUCGUCGACAACACCACCAAGCUGUUCCUGUCGCAGACUGAAAAGUUGUUCUCCGCGAGGGGCGAGAGCUGUGACUUUACGACAUGGCUGCAGUUCUACGCCUUUGACGUGAUCGGAGAGAUCACCUACAGCAAGCGCCACGGCUUCGUCGAGAAGAACGAGGACAUUGACGGUAUCGUGGCGUACUUGAGCAAGCUGUUCCUCUACGUAGCACCCAUUGGCCAAAUCCCCCUUCUCGACCGUUUGCUUCUCAAGAACCCCGUCUACCUCAAGCUGUCCCAGUGGGGUUUCAUCGACUCGACCUUCCCCGUCGCCCGCUUCGCCAGGGCACGCAUGGCCGAGCGUCUCCCCGAGCUCAACGGUAAUGAGCCCCUGCUGCCCCUCACCAACGGCAAGAAGCAAGCCCAGCAACCCGACCUCCUUUCCAAGUUCCUGGCCGCACGCGAGGCCCGCCCCGACUUCAUGACGGACGUCCUGGUGCAGACCAUGGCCGUGAGCAUGGCCUUCGCCGGCUCCGAGACGACGGCCAUCAGCCUGGCCGCCGUCUUCUACUACCUUCUUCGCACCCCAACGGCGCUGGCGCGGCUGAGGGAAGAGCUGGACCAGUUCGGCAGGGACGGAGGCUUCAGCGACACUGAGACGGGGCUGGUCACCUGGACCGAGAGCCAGAAGCUGGUCUACCUCGACGCCUGCAUCAAGGAGGCCUUCCGCAUGCACCCGGCCGCCGGUCUGCCUCUGGAGCGCAUCGUUCCCGAGCAGGGUGCCGAGAUCGCCGGUACCUUCGUCAAGGGCGGCACCAUCGUCGGAUGCAGCGCGUGGAUCAUCCACCAACGACCCGAGAUCUUUGGUUCCGACGCCGACACCUACCGACCGGAGCGGUGGCUCGUAGACGAGACCAAGGACCGCGAGGCAGAGGAGCAGCGCAUCAAGGAGAUGAACGGCCACAUGUUCCAGUUCGGCAUGGGCAGCAGGACGUGCAUCGGCAAAAAUAUUAGCUUGCUCGAAGUUUACAAGUUGGUGCCGAGUCUCUUGAGGAGAUUUGACAUCAAGUUCACCGACCCGAGCCAGGAGUGGCAGCUCGUGAACGCGUGGUUUGUCAAGCAGAACAACUUCCACACAAAGUUCCAACUGAGGGAUAUCGUCAAACCCGAGCUCAAGGAGAAGUCAUGA